AUGUCCGAGGUUGACAAUGAUGGGGAGCAGAUGACAGCAGACAAAGAUGAUUUACAAGUCUUAAAGUUUCGGACUGACACUGAGUUAGUAGAUGAACUGUACUGCUUUAGAGACCGUUACUUUGAGACACACAGUGUCGAAGAUGCUGGUAGGAAACAGAAUGAUGUUGCUGAAGAGAUUGCCAAGACACUUGAAAAGCUUGAGGAAAAGGAAGGCUUGUACAAACACAGUGCCCAGUUGCUGCUGCUGCGGGGUCGGUGUCUGAACGUUUCCCCAGGGUUCAGUCAGGCUGCUGAGGAGUGCCUUUCCCGAGCUGUUAAACUGGAACUGGGGUUGGUGGACGGCUGGAACACACUGGGGGAGCAGUACUGGAAAAAAGGAGACCUGACUGCGGCCAAGACUUGCUUCACAGGUGCAUUGCAGCAGAGUAAGAACAAAGUGUCUCUGAGAAGCCUGUCUAUGGUGCUAAGACAGCUGUCACCAGAAGGGGACGCCCAAGAGCAGAGCAAACGCAUUUUAGAGAGUGUGGAGCUUGCCAGACAGGCUGUGCAACUCGAUGUUACUGAUGGGACAUCUUGGUAUAUUUUAGGAAAUGCAUAUAUCUCCAUGUUCUUCACCAGUGGACAGAAUCCACAGCUGUCUCAACAGGCCCUCAGUGCCUAUGCACAGGCUGAGAAAAUUGACAAAGCAUCCUCAUUGAAUCCUGACCUCCAGUUCAACAGAGCUACGUUGUUCCAGUAUGAGGAGAUGUACAGUUCAGCACUGGAUGGAUACAGUCAGGCUGCCAUCCUUGACCCAGCCUGGGAAGAACCUCAGGAGAGAGAAAAACAGCUUCUGAAGUACUUAGACCAGAUUACAGCACUAAUAGGGAGCAAGGGAAAAGUAAAAGUGCGGCGUCUUCGUAACAUGCUCUCCUCACUCAGUUGCUCUGCAGGUCGCACGGGAAGCCUGGAACCCCGCAGCAUCUCCGCUCUCACUCAUGGACACAACGCUGGGGGGGCAGCCCUGGGAAAAGUGGUCUUUAGCUUGGCCUCAGAGGGCCGUAUGGCUUUCACAUUUGGCAGUGAAGAGACCUGUUGUGUCGUCAUGGUGUACAACACAGCAGACAGCUGGGGUGUUUUAAUAGGGGAUACUGUUGUUAUUCCCGAACCACAGGUCAAACGGCACAGCGUAACCCAUAAAGAUAAGUCUUAUGACUUCCGAAGUAUUCGUGUGGACUCUCCUUUGCUUCUCAUUGUCAAUGGGAAAAGGCAAGUGUCAAAAAGCCAAAGUGCUGCCUUUGUUACUUACAAGCCACAGAGUGAAUGA